AUGGUAGACGCAGAGAGAAGACUCCUAGCCAACGCUCUCCUCGACAAAUCAAACCAAAGAUUCGUCCUCUUGUCCGAUUCUUGCAUCCCACUCUUCAACUUCACAACCAUCUACGAUUACUUAACCGGCACUAAUCUCAGCUACAUUGGCUCAUUCGACGAUCCAAGAACACCUGGUCGAGGCCGCUACAACCCAAAAAUGUAUCCACCAAUUAAUAUCACACAUUGGCGAAAAGGAUCACAAUGGUUUGAAACAACCCGCGAGCUUGCUCUUCAUAUAAUCGAAGACACGGUUUAUUACAAGAUAUUCGAUCAGUAUUGUAAACCGCCUUGUUACAUGGACGAGCAUUAUAUCCCGACAUUCGUUCACAUGUUGCAUGGAGAGAUGAGCGCAAACCGGAGCUUGACUUGGGUUGAUUGGUCCAGAGCCGGUCCACAUCCUGCCCGGUUCAUUUGGCCUGACGUGACCGACGAGUUUCUUAACCGUAUCCGGUUUACAGAUAAGUGUCCGUAUUAUGGUAAGGAUAGUGAGAAUAUUACAAGUUCGAAAUGUGUUUUAUUUGCGAGAAAAUUCACCAAAGAGACUUUAGAACCCUUGUUGAGAAUCUCGCCUUUAGUUCUUGGGUUUGGUCCCUAA